GACCUGGAUAUUGAAACCUCCAAGGGAAAUAAAAUACCUAUGACUCCAAAAAUCUUCAAAAAUGGAAAGGAAGAGUUCCCCAUUUCAGAAAUGGAGGAGAAUGCAGAUGAAGACGUUAUCCAGACAAAGUCUCAUGUGGAAAAUGCAAACCCACUGGACACAGUCAGAGGUGAAUGGGCAGAAGAGGUUGCAGAGUUAGUGACGUCGUUAGUUGUUAAUGCUGAAGAAAGAGGAAAACCCUCUGAUCUCCUUGGAACACUGGCUGUUAAGCAGUUUUCAACAAAGAGACAAAGUCUCAAAACUCUAGAGAGUCUGUGUGCUUCAGAGAAUAAUGGGGAUAUGAAAAAAUUUGAGCUAGAUCUAGAGUCACUGUCCAGGACACAUGAAGAGCUAAAAGAGACUGCCUCUGAAAGUGAAGAGGAGCUGCAUCAAACACAUAGUGCAGGUGAAUCUGUAGGUUGUGGAUCAGGCCUAAGUCUUGCCCCAGAAAAAGGAGAGCCAGAGGAAUCGUGGACAUCCCCAGAACUCUUUCUCUUGGAUAAAGAAUUUACUGACUUGCCAACACCAAAAGCUAAUGAGAAAAAAUACUCCCUGUCAUCUUUGCUGGAAUCUUGUCAACAGCUGAAGGAAAUGGCAUCAGCGAUACAUGAAAUUCCAUUAGACUUAAUACAUGCAUUGAAGG